GCUUGCAAACAUGGAUUAGUACAGCAUCUAGAACAUCUUUUGUUUUAUGGAGCAGACAUAAACUCCCGCAAUGCCAGUGGCAACACUCCUCUCCAUGUGUGUGCAGUAAAUGACAAAGAAAGUUGUGCUCGAGUUCUGCUUUUCCGAGGUGCUGAUAAAAAUGCCUUGAACUAUGCUAACCAAAGUCCAUACCAGGUAGCAGUGAUAGCAGGAAACCAUCAUAUGGCUGAAAUAAUACAAAACCACAGGCCUGAAGAUGUGGUUCCAUACAGAGAGACUCCAGAGUAUAACUUUCGCAGGCGGGCUAGUAUUGCAGCUGUGGCAGCAUUUAGUCACACUGACAGUGAAUCACACCUUGAUUUGGCACUUGGUGAAAAACCACCCUCUCCAUGUCCCUCCUAUCGCUCACUGCCUCCAUUCUCCUCUGCUUCCACAAUCUCAGAGACAUCAACUGGUUCCUCAUCCACCUGCACACAAAUUAGUGGGGAAGAUAGUGAAGAUACAGCAUCAGCAAGCGUGAUAACAGAAAAAAGUGUCACUAGUGAUUCGUCAGGUGUGUGCACAAGUAACAGUGGUGCAAGUGAAUCUGCUACUGAACAUGGAGACAGCCCCAUCCUUCCUGGCACUACAUGUGUAUGUGUGGAGGAUUAUUACCCAUGUAGCCCUGGUAACCUUCAAUUAACAAGAGGAGAUAUUGUAGAUGUUAUUGGUGUCUCUGACUGUGGAUUGCUUGAGGGUAGACUCAGAAAUGGACUGGAAGGUUUAUUUCCAGCUUCAAGUGUUCAGGAAGUUAAACUGAGAAAAAUGGAAGUCCUGCCUCCAAGUGGCCAACCUCGAGUAGAAGGACGAAGAGAACUGAAUGCUAGAAAGAUUAACACUAUUCCUAGACGAUGGAAAAUGUAUGGAGAUGCUCGAACUGUAAUCCUUCACAAAGGAAAAAAAGGAUUUGGUUUUGUUCUCAGAGGAGCACAAGCUACAAGCCCAUUAAUGGAGAGACAGCCUUCAGAUAACUGGCCAAGCCUGCAGUACCUUGAUGAUGUAGAUAAAGGUGGAGUAGCUGAUUUGGCAGGUUUAAAGAAAGGAGAUUUUCUCUUGGAGAUCAAUGGGCAAGAUGUUUCUCAAGCCCCACAUGAAAGAGCUGUAGCAAUAAUACGUCAAUCUGGAGAUUUAGUUGCUAUGACAGUGGUUUCAGUUCAGACGCAGCUUGCCACAAAUAUAAGUGAUAAAUCAGCUACUGCUCAACGGCAGUGUGCCACACUACCUCGUAAACUCUCACUCAAGAAAGCUCCACCACCACCUAAGCGUGAUCCUCGAACUACUCUUUCUGUUGGAAGGGCACGAGCACGUUCUCUUGUGGCUGGAUUAGCAGAAAUAGAAAUGCUUGACAGAACAAUAAAUGAAUAUGAUUCUGAAGGAAGAUCUACAAAAAGUAGUUCCAUUGAAAGUAUUCCAAACAAGCCAGGGAAUGUCAUAGCAGAAGGGACCAACAAGAUUGCUUCUAUUCGUUCUCGGCUGAGUUCUCGACGUAUCUCCACAGCAGAGUUGGAAGAUAUUUUUUCACGGCAAGGAGAAAAGAAUCUUGUAGGGCAUUCUGUUACAAUGUCAAAAAGCAUAUUUUCUUCAGCUAAAAUGCCAAAGGUUUAUGGUAGUGUGGCAGCAAUGAAACGUUCAAAGGCUACACGUUCAAAGGCUUCUGACAUAGUGAAGCUACACAAAACAUUCCAUAGCACACCAGACCUAAAUGCUGAUGUAUAUGAGGUGGAUGUGACUGAAGAUAUGAAUUAUUACAAGCAGAAAUGUUAUAGCCAAGAAGACAUCCAUGCUUUGAAUGUUAAAAACAGUAGACAUUCAUGGGCUUGUCCUCCACACAAUUACAAAAAACUUUUUGCUUCAUCAAUCCAUGAACAUUUUGCUUCUUACCAUGAGGCUCGGAGAUCUAGUGAAGAUUUGUAUAACCAAGUCAUUAAUACAAAAAAAAUAGAUAUUUCAACAAAAGUUCCUUCCCAGAUUUAUGCAGAAACUCUGCCUAUCCAUCAGAAUGAAAAAGUACUGGUACCACCAAGAAACAAGUGCCCUCCUCCAACACACCGUCCACCUCCGCCUCCAAAAGGACAAGUGGUAAAAGUUGAUGUCUCACGAUCAUUAGGGGAAUAUGCUAAUAUCAGUGCUGUUAGAAAACAGGACUCAGUUGUCAUGUCAAGUUUUCGUCCUGGAGAUAGUGCCAAACUGUAUGCUUCUCCAGAAUCACUGAUGCCUGUUGCUUACAAAACAAAAACUGAGACUCAAAAGUUUGAUCAUUCUUGCCCACAAAAAAUUAGUGUGAGCUCCACUCUUAGAUCUCAUUCCUUGCCUCCAAAAAUGCCAGUAAGAAAACUUAUAUCUACUCUAAGUAAUACCUCUUCUGAAACAGAAAAUAGUGGGGACUCUGGAGGAAUAUACUCCACUUUUAGAUUACACCACAGACUAAGAGAUUCUUUAUCUUCUGAUAGUGGGUUGAUGUCUGAUAAAGGAAAUUUAAAACCAUUUAAAUGUCAGGCUGCUAGUGAAAGCUUUAACCAUGCAGAUAUUUCAUAUUCUCGUAAGGCUGUAUAUUCCAAAUCUUCUGAACCUUUCAUUCCAGAACCUGAUUAUGAUAAUAGUGAUGAAGAAGGUUGUCUUUUUUCUGAAAUCAUAAGAGAUAGCAAGACUUUUAUUCAGGAGAAAGUAGAAAAUACAGUUAAUGAUUCAAGUUAUUCUCAGCUAGAAAGUGCACACACAGAAGCAAAACAAGCCAUCCAAGAAGCAAGAGAAAGACUCAGGUUUACUCAAAGACAAAAAAAUAAAACAACCAACUCCAUUCAUGAGUCCAAUACUAAUACUACUGACACCAAACAAGUGGCCAGGAUUUUUGAUGAAAAGCAAAUAGAAGAUGGACAUACAGGAAUGAUCUCAUUGAAAAGUUGUAAGUUUAAAGUUGAAGAUAAUUCAAAACAAUCGGAGAUCAGUAGAGAAACACACAGCGUGAAACUCAAUGCUUUGAUGCAUUCUAUGUCUGAUCAACAUGCAGACUUUACAAAAAAUGGUUCCAAAGACUUGUGUCUUAUGGAAGGAGCACAGAAAAAUCAUAACAAAGAAGUAUGUUUAAGUUCCACUUCAAACUUAGUAAAAGAGAACAUAUCCGCUUUUGAACAGAAGAAUUUCUUUCAUAAGUCAGCUACUUUACCUUCCAGGAGGAAUGAUGGUAUUCGUAUAGCACUGACUGCAGCUCAGAAUAAUACAGAAACUAACCACCAUCAAGUAUCCUUGCCUUUCAGUACUCUAAUGAGGCCAUCUAAGUCAUUUCCUAAAAAUUUUGUUUCUGAAGAUCUUGAAAACUAUGAAAACAGUUCUAGUGGUGUCUCAUCAGAUGUGGAAGUCCAAAACGAGUUUGCUAUUUCUGGGAUUUCAUCAGAGAAUGGCCAAAUGUCAAAAGAACGAGACAUACAAAACUUUUCUGUCGAAAAAAGUAUUACUGGCGAUAGCAGUUCCCAGUUAGAUAUGCCAAAUAAACAAAAUUUAUUGAGUCAAAGAGAUAAAUUGAAUAAAGAAAAGGAUAGUUCUUCGACUGUUCUUAUACACAGAGUCAGCCCUACCAAUAUACCUAUUUUUAAUCAAGAAACUGUACCUUGUAUUAAGAAAAGUGAUUCUAGUUUAAGACAAAAUCAGAACUUCAGCUCAGCAGCUAAGCUAAGUAGAACUCUACAAAAUGAAAAUGUCAGUAAAUAUCAGUGUUUUAUUGUUGAUGAGACAGGUAUAAAAUAUAAAAGUGUCAAUUGUGAAAGGACUCUACUGGAUAAUAAAAUGCAUUUAAGGAAGGAUGAAGAUAAGAAUUUAAAGGUGAAUCAAAAUACUGAUGAAAAUCUUCAACUGAUAAGGCUUCAGGUAGACUCCUUAGGUCGAGCAGCUGUAAAUGAGGUAGAUGUGCUCACAGAACUUGUCCCUCCUCCUCCUGAGUUUGCAGCAGCAUCUUCUUCAUCCAGUUCCUCUUCUACUAGUUCUGCUGUGCGGUUUCCACCAACAAUAGCACCACCGCCUGAGUUCUGUGACAGCAGUGCACGAAAAGCUUUUAGUAAAGCUCUGCCUUAUGUCCAAAACAAAGUCCAAAACACUUCAUCCACUGCUAGUGACUCAUAUGAACAAAUCCAUUCUCCUAAUUAUCAGAUGACUAAUUACCCCUAUAAAGACAUUUCUUUUAGGACACUUACUGGUGCCAAGGUUUCCCAUGCUUCAAAGCACAUUGACAUGAUAUAUGUGGGUAGUCCCCCAAAACUUCAAAUGCAAGUUAAAGACCCUCAGUUAGUACAUCCAUCUGUAAGACAGCUAGGAACCCCUGUCUUACCAUAUAAUAUCUCAUCAAGUAGUGUACCCAUGAAUUUUGUUUCUUCAUCACCAGAACGAAGCAGCAUUAGUGAAACAGUCAUUAUGAAAUCAAUCCAAAAAGAAUUCCGUCAGAAACCUCUCCCACAAUGGAGUUGCAAAGAUGUUUCAGAUUGGUUAGAAAGUUUAUUUUUACCCGAGUACAAGGCUCGAUUUACUGAAGCAGGAAUAACAGGUUUGAACUUGAUGAAUAUAAACAAUAAAGACCUUGUGGGACUUGGUGUAAAGCAGGUCGGUCAUCGCCUGAAUAUAGAGAGAUCUAUAAAACGCUACAUGAAAUAGUACUGAACAUAGUUGAUAUUAUUAUGAGAGGAUUUAUUUCAACAUAAUUGUUCAUAUCAAGUGCUGUCCAACAUAUAGAGAUAUAUCUAUGAAAUUAGUUUCUUUCAGGCUAUAAUUGAGAAGAUGUUUAGUUGGUUUCAAUAGUGAUGGGACAACUCUAUUUUUUACAUACAAAGUACAAAUUUGAGAGUGCCCUUUAACUUAAAAGUAUCUCAUUGCAUUUGUAGCAUUUUGUAGAUAAAGGAUUUAUCCUUGUAACAUUUUCUUACUUUGGUUCAUCAGGAAGACUUGAUUAUGUACUUAAAGGUAAAUACGAUGUGUUGUGUGGAUCUCUCUCUCUCUCAUAAAAAAAAUAAUAAUACUAUGAUAAUGAUAUGCUUGUAUGUAUCCUUGGAAACAAAAUGGCAAUUAAUAGCUUCUUGACACAUUUACUGUUUUAUUUAUCUGCACAUACACUCAUGUUGAUGAUACAUAAAUGCAUAUGCAUAAAACUCAUCAUCUGUUAAAACUACAUCUCUUUAUGAUAAAGGUUUGUUGUGUGAGGAGUUUGGGUGAAAAACAACUUUAAAUAACAUGACUGAAGAAUAAUAUAAAAUUGUAGUUAAGACAAUUGUGCCUAUGAAGGUAUUCUUUGUAGCCUUUUGAUAAAAAUAAACCUUCCACGUGGCUAUUAGCAACUUGGUUUAUAAUUUAAUACUGAAAUAUUACUAGCUAAUAAUGGAGAUUUAAUUUGAAUAUGCUGCACUACAUUUUUCAAAGAAUUUAAUUUUGAAGGUGAGAGCUUUUAAAAGUAAAAUCAAACAUGCAUUACUGAUUUAAAUAUUUAAAAUUAUCAUUAUAGCUUUUACUGGAAGAUCAAUUUUAAUGAGCAAUGGAAACCAAAAAAUUAAAUAUAUAUAUGUACAUAUUUCAUGAAUUGAAAAGUUAAGUGUAAAAUUUAAUCUUUUAUUUGUUCAAACGAUAUUAAUUAAUAUAGACUAAUUAAUUACUUUUAGUAUUUUCAUUAUAGCACUGUGAAAUGUACUCAACAAAAAAAAAACAGUCAAACAAAAAAAAAAUUGCAAAACAAACUAUAUAAUACAUAAUUUAUGAUUUUGGAUUAAAGUUCAGAGGAAUUAAGUGAAGAGGUCUAAGAAACACAAUUAAUCUAUAUAAGAUUGAGAACAAAUUAGUUAUUGGUCAUUGCUUUUGAAAUGUAAAAAAGCGUAUCCAUAUCUUCCACAAAUAUUAUUUUAUUGAGCUUAAAAAUUCCCAGAAAAUUUGUCUAUAGUUGUAAAACAGUGUUCACACUAAUAAUAUCAGAUUAUACUUUUAUCUUCUUUCAGAGCUAUAGGCUUAAAAACAGUAAAUGUUCAAUGCAACUUAAAUACAUGAUAAGAAAACUCAAUUGAAAUUCCAGAAUUAACUUAAUCAUAACAUAAAGUAAGUUUGCCAAUCAAAUGUUACUUAAUGGUUCACAUUAUGAAAUGUUAAAAUAUAACAUAAAAGUUUGAUUUGUAUGGAAUUUUUUGCAUUUCUCAGUAUUGGGUUCCAACCAAUAUAUAUAAAAUGCCAGAUUAGUAUCUUUUGCAAGAUACGUUUUAAGAGGAAUGCAAAAAAAAAAAAAACCUUUAAAGUUUACUAGAAUAUAACUUAUAUCUAUUCUUUCCUGAAGCAUGCUCACAUUGAUGUGUCUGUGUAAUUAGUCAUUUCUGAUUUAAAUGUUAUACCUGUAAAGUAAUUACUGUAUCAUGUAAAUAUAAUAUAGGCAUAUGGUAUUUUCAGUAAGUUUAUUUAGAAAUAUUAUAUUACACUAUGCCUCUAUACACAAUUCCACUUGAAUUUGUACUAAUGUAUAUGCUUGGUUUAAUAUUUAUAAUGUUUACAUUUAAUUGCACCUGUAAAAGUUUUCAUAUAUAAGUUUCUAUGGUUGAGGCCAUUAAUUUAAGCUAUCAUUUAUUUUUUUAUUUUGGAACUGUAGAUCCAUUUGUAAUGACUUUAUUGUGGCUUUGCAAUGAAAUUUGUAUUACUUUUAGAUUGUAAAGAGUUAAUAAAAUGUGAAAGAUUUUCUCCAAACA